CCGCCCCAUCUCGACUAUAUAAGCGGGCCGCUUCUCCACCUGAGGCACGCAGUCCACAGAGGAGUACUCCAGCUGCAACAUGAAGUUCCUGGUGGUACUGAGCGCCUUCGUAGCGGCAGCGCUGGCUCGUCCCGGAUACCUGGGAACGGGCUUAGCGGGCCUGUUCGCCAACGGCAUCGGGGCUCCAGCGCUGGCCGCACCUGGAAUCGUGGCGCCAGGCCUCAUUGGAGGGGGCGGAGCAGCCUACCUGGGGGCGGGGGCGGCCCUGCUGGGAGCGGGAGGCGCGCCCGUUGGUGGCCCGGCCAACAUCGUCAUCGGACCCGACGGCGUUCCCGCGGACACCCCUGAGGUGGCCGCUGCCAAGGCCAGCCACGCGUCGGCCGUCGCGCAGACUCAGGCGCGAGAUGCCGCCCAAGCCGCCGCCGACGCCGCAGCGGGCAUCUAUGCCGGAGCCGGCGCUGGCGUCGGGGCCGGUGUGGGGGCAGGGUUGGGCGCCGGAGGCGGCGCUCCGGGCGCCGGUCUGGCCCUGUACGGUCCGGCCAACAUCGUGAUCGGCCCCGGCGGCGUGCCGCUGGACACCCCCGAGGUGGCGUCCGCCAAGGCGGCCCACGCUAGCGCCGUGGCGCAGACGCAGGCCCGAGACGCCUCCCAGGCCGCCGCCGACGCCGCCUCUGGCGCUGCGUUCGCCGGUGCCGGCUUCGCCGGGGUGGGUCUGGCUGCAGCAGCUCCUUCUGCGGGUCUGGCGCGCUACGGCCCGGCCAACAUCGUCAUCGGGCCCGGAGGAGUGCCGCUGGAUACCCCUGAGGUAGCUGCCGGGAAGGUGGCCGACGCCGUCGCUCACCUGCACGCCAAGGCCCGUCUGGGACUCAUCGCAGGCUGAGAGAAACUUUGGUUCCACGACUGAAAGUUCCCCUGUAUUUUGCUCAAGACGACCGGCCACUCAGUACUCAUGUUGUAUAUAAUAAUUUAUAAUUUUUCUACAAUGUGAUGUAAACUCUUUGCAAUAAACAGAGUAAUCUCUGGAAAA